AUAAAGACUGAAUAAUCACCAACAGCACAGAGAAGCACUUAUUUUUACUCCUCCGCCAACCUUCAUCUGAGUUGUUGGAUAAAACAGUGUCUUCAAGUACUUGUGUUAGUGGGGAUAUCUCACAGUGAGCUCUGAGGGAGAGAUGGCAUCGUACUUGGAGUAUCCAUUCACUGUUGCCUCAGCAUUUGUUAACAGUGAGCAUCACAUUAGGAACCAUGGAGAAUAGACAUUCAAAAGGACUGCAAGUGGGUAUAAUGCCGUUCCAUUUGGAAGCUAGUAAGAGAGCUUGGUCCCCAUUCCCGACUUAAAAAUUCUAUGGAGGUAUUGGAGAAGGAAUAAACUCUACAAACUCCUCGCCACAAGGAUCACAAUGUAAGCCAUGAGCAUCACUGGAAAAUCCUGUUUCAGCCAUUUCUAUUGAGGGUGAUGGUAUCUGGCUUUGGCUUCAAAAGCGUUGCCGCGGGAAACGCACACUGAAUAACUUAUUUCUGCGAGAUAUCGAUCGUAUGUAUUCGUGGAAACGGCAACAGCAAUGUUACUUAAUGCUCUGAAAAAGUUUGGAGUUUGUUGAAUGAUCUCGUGAGCUGUGCUACUGAGCAGUGCAUCAUUUAUUGGGAACACGAGGAGAGCACAUGACUUGUCCACUACAUAAAUGGGUAAUACUUUUUCCGCUCCCCCGUCAACAUUUCUAACGAACACUUCCUCGCGUCCACGCCGCUCGUGUCUCACACCCACGCCUUUCCCCGCAUAGAAUUUCCACAUUUGAGGAAACCUACACCAACCGCAUGCUGAUCCAUCCGUAUAUGUGUGUAUAUAGUAUAAAUCAUCGCCUCGAGGGCCCGGCGAUGUAAUGGGUCGGCUUCGAGCUCGAUCGCGAUGAGUCGAAGCGCUCAAAUCGGCGGUGGCGGCAGUGGCGUUGGUCCUUCGCUUAUCGGUUACGAAGCGAGCGGCGACUCGGAAGAUAAACUCUACGAAGUGAUUGAUAUUCCUAGUGAUGAUGACGAUGAUGUUGAGGUUGCGGAGGACGAACACGACGAUGCAGAAUCGAGCAGUGGCGGCGGCGGCGAUUGGGAGGCCGACGAGGGAGUGAUGUGGUUCAAAAGGAGGGGGGUGAUCGGGACGGGGGAGGCGGAGAACCACCGCAGGGCGAUCGGAGGAGAUGCUGCGGCGGCGACGGAGGCGGUGGAGGGCGAAAAGGGCGGGAAAGAUGCCGCGAAAAAGGAGUCGGAGAAUGAAUUGGAAGAUAAUAGGAGAUUCUGGGAGGCUUGCUUGGCUGAUGAGUAUACGCAGUUCGUAGAUUGCGCCACUUCCUGAAUAAGUGUGGAUUCUAAUAAGCAGCAUACAUAUAUAUAUAUAUAUAUAGGUGAGAAAACAAUUCUUAAUUACAUUCUUUGUUAUUGUGAAAUUCUCACAUGAAUUUUAUGUUUUCUUUUGAGAAUGGUUUCGAUCAUGUGUAAUAAAUUUACAAGAACUGUAAAAAUGCCUUUUAUGAAGAAAAUUUCGCAUGUAGACGUGAGAAGAA